AAACUGAAAGCACCGACGAAAGACAUUCCCACUAUCCACUCUCCAGUAUCCACUCCCACAGCCUCGGAAAAUGUCAGCGGAGACCCCAAUCCGGUUCGGAAUCCUAGGCUGCGCCGACAUAGCCCGAAAGGUCUCACGCGCCAUCACUCUCGCCCCAAACGCCACUCUUUUCGCCGUCGCAAGUCGUUCCGUCGACAAGGCCACUCGAUUCGCCAAGGCCAACAACUUCCCUCCGAACGCCAGAAUCUACGGCUCCUACGACGCCGUUUUGGACGACCCUGACGUCGACGCCGUCUACCUCCCCCUCCCUACCAGCCUACACAUCCAGUGGGCCGUCCUCGCCGCCCAGAAGAAGAAGCACAUCUUGCUCGAGAAGCCCGUCGCGCUCAACGUGGCCGAGUUUGACAAGAUUGUUGCGGCAUGUGAAUCCAGUGGGGUGCAGCUCAUGGAUGGUACCAUGUGGAUGCAUCAUCCCAGGACUGCCAAGAUGUGGGAGUUUCUCUCUGAUGCGAACCGGUUUGGUCAGCUCACCUCGAUAAACACCUGCUUUACAUUUGCUGCUGAUGCUGAUUUCCUGAAGAAUGAUAUUCGUGUUAAACCAGACCUUGAUGCUCAUGGUGCUCUUGGGGAUGCAGGGUGGUACUGCAUCAGGGCAAUCCUUUGGGCUAAUAACUAUGAACUGCCAAAGACAGUUGUCGCCUUGCGCGGCCCUAUACUUAAUGAAGCUGGGGUGAUUUUAUCUUGUGGAGCUUCUCUACACUGGGAAGAUGGGAAAGUGGGAACCUUCCACUGCUCUUUCUUGUCAAGUUUGACAAUGGAUAUAGCUGCUAUCGGUACAAAGGGAACGUUACAUGUCAGUGGUUUUGUUAUCCCUCAUCAAGAGAAAGAGGCUUCUUUCUCUGUAGCUUCAGAAACUGGAUUUGAUGAUCUUGUGACCAGUUGGGUACCACCCCCAAGUGAUCAUAUAGUUACCACAGAUCUUCCACAGGAGGCUCUUAUGGUAACAGAGUUUUCUCGCUUGGUAGGGACUGUUAAAAAUGGAUCUGCACCUGAGAAGAAAUGGCCGAUCCUUAGCCGGAAGACACAGCUAGUAAUCGAUGCUGUCAAGGCAUCAAUUGAAAAGGGGUUUGAGCCUAUUCCUAUUGAAUAUUAAGGUGUAUCUUAUGUGUUUUUCAUCUUCUUUUCAUGCUUGCGGUGUUGUUGCAGCCAAUAAUAAGAUGCUUAUCCAUUUUUAUGCUUAGUUUGUGAGGUUUAGUGGUUUAUCCUCAUGCUGGCUCCACGCCUGGUGAAUUCAUGUUGUGUGAUUAUGGUUCAUGCUGUUCAUGCUUAGUUAGCAGGUUUAUGAUAUUUAUCACCCGAGCCUGGUAAAGCCAUAAUGUGCAAUCAUGUAUAAAUGUAUGUAUGCUUGAAUAAACUAGUUGUAAAAAUCUCUAUUGAAAGAGACAGAGAACUCCUAUUUGAUUGAAGAGUAUGUGAGCUUUUGGGCUGUC